AUGAAGGGCUUCAUGCACCUGUCUAUGAAGGGUUUCACGCACCUGUCUAUGAAGGGCUUUAUGCACCUGUCUAUGAAGGGCUUCACGCACCUGACUAUGAAGGGCUUCAUCUACCUGUCUAUGAAGGGCUUCACCUACCUGUCUAUGAAGGAAUGCACGGACGUAGAGAUGAGGAUGAUGGGAGAUCGGAUGUUAGACUGGUUCCACGUCAUCAUGGUCGACGCGAAGCGCGCCGGAAGCAACGUGACCUUCAUCAAGGAGUACUGGCCGCGGCUGUGCCGGAAGUCGGCGGGCUGGAUGUUCGGCAACCUGGACGAGGAUAGAGACGACACGCUGAGUCUGAGCGAGCUCGCUAGCAUAGAGAACGUGGAGUACGAGCACUGCGUGAAGCCCUUCAUAGACAGGUGCGACACAGACAUGGACGCUAAGCUAAACCGAGAGGAAUGGUGCAAAUGCUUUGAGGAGGCGUGUAAGUAA